AUGACUACAACACCAAGUGCAAAUAAGGAGCGUUCAAAUGCCUUUUGGGACACAGACAUCCUCCAAAAUUUUGGGGAGACUGAGUGGUACUUAAACUUCAGAAUGCCACAGGAUGCCUUCCUGAAUCUUUGUGACCUUAUUCGUCCUCACAUAACAAAGCAAUCCACAACAAUGAAGACCCCAGUAUGCAUUGAAAAAAGGGUUGCUAUGACACUUUACAAAUUAGCAAGCAAUGUGGAAUUUCAUGACGUUGCCAACCUUUUUGGCACUGGGGUGAGCACUGCCUGUGAUGUGUUUUGGGAGGUGUGUCAGGGUCUCUGCAAACUAAAAAGUAAGUUUGUUAAGAUGCCAACAUCAGAAGAACAGGUCAACUCCAUUAUUAGAGGCUUCGAAGAGAAGUCAGGGUUUCCCAUGUGUGCUGGGGCCCUAGAUGGUACACAUAUUCCAAUUAUAGCCCCCUCCAGCUUUCACACUGAUUACUAUAAUCGAAAAGGAUGGUACAGUGUGCUGUUACAGGGCCUGGUGGAUCAUCAGUACAUGUUUAUGGAUUUUGACGUUGGCUGGCCUGGUAAGUGCCAUGACUCUUUUGUGUUUCAAAACUCAAAGCUGCAUGCAAAGCUGGAAAAUGGCACCUGCUUUCCACCACUGUCCAGAAACAUACAAGGGGUUGACAUACCCGUUUUGAUUGUGGCUGACUCUGCAUACUGCCUGUCUCGUAACGUCAUGAAACCAUACCCAGAAGGAGUUGCAAGAGGGCCCCAACUACAAUUUAAUGAAUCUCUGAGCAGGGCAAGGAUUCACGUGGAACAUUCCUUUGGCCGUCUUAAGGGCAGAUGGCGCUGUCUAAUGAAGCGCAAUGACAGUGAAACUAAAAAUGUGAAGUUUAUUGUUGCAGCGUGCAUUGUGUUGCACAACUUUUGUGAAUCUUUGAAGCUGAAUUUCUUUGAUCAACCAAUACACACACAUGAACAAAACACAACAGAGCAGCCUGAGGAUGAACACACAGAGCAAGAAGAUACAGAUUCAGGUGAAGGCACCCUUGUAACACCACAGCAUGACCAGGUCAUCUGUACUGCUGAUGAUAUCCGUGAGGCAUUAGUCCUACACAUUUCUGAAAACCAGUGA